AUGGAUCCAGCAUCCUCGUCCAACACAGGACCUGCCGCGGGCACUUCAAGAAACGCAGCGCGGGCACAGCUGUCCUUCGCGGAGCGCAAGGCAAACAUGACGAAAGCAUCCUCCCCUCACCUCGUGGAGGGCAGUCAGAUCACGCGGCCCAUCGACCGAGCACCUCCCGGCGACCCCGCCGCGUCCUCCAGAGCCCGCAGGGCCCGGUCCAAACCCGAGCUGGGCAGGCAGCGCAGCCUGUACUUUGAGAACGCGUUCUCGACGAGGGGCGGCGGCGGCGGCGACACGGCGGCGCAGGACCGCGUGCGGCGGGAGGCCAAGGUGGUUGCCGAGGUCAGGACGAAUGUGAUUGUCAACGACGAGUUCACCAUGAUCACGGAGCUCAUGUACCACCUGUGCAUGCGCUACAAGCGGCCCAUCACGUCCGUCGUGGUCACGCUGCAGCACGGCGCCUGCAUGUGCUUCGGGGGCACCUUUGAGCCCGCGUACAUCCUCUCCGUCUCGGCGCUGCCCGCCGAGCUCCAGCCGGCGACCAACAGGCGCAACGCGGUGCUGCUGCAGAAGCACAUGGAGGAGGCCCUGGGCGUCGUCCCCGCCAGGGGACUGGUGCGGUUCAUCCCGACGCCGGAGGACUGCGUCGCGUGCGACGGCAAGACGGUUGCCGGGGAGCUCGACGAGCUGGCGAGGGGGGUGCUGCCCGAGACGGCCGAGGAGGCACCGGAGGAGAACGUGGUCUCGACGCCAAAGUCGAAGAAGCGGAUGAGCGUCAAGCUUCAAGGCUCCCAAGUCUCCGUUAUCAAACGAGCUCACACCGCCUUCCACGGCAGACGUGUCUUCCUCUACGACGAGGCCGGGGUCGGCCAACACCGAGCCAGCAGGCACGGAGCAGCACGAAGCGACGCCCGAGAAGCAGCCGAGGAGACGGAAGAGCUUCAUGUCGAACUUGUUUGCGAGGUCAACGCACAAGGCGCAGAAACAACAACAACCCCCACUGCCGCCCUCGAGGGAGGAAUGAAUUUUUGUACAAAAUCCAAGCGCACCCAUACUCACAUUGCACUCACAAAACUCCCCCCACGACUCUUGCCGGGACACAGACAGUUCUAUGCGAUUACAAUUGUUCGCGACUCCACCGUUGGCCGACUCCGCAUGACCUUCGCCUCAUCGAGGUCCCAGGGCUGCAAACCAAGGCCCCAUGCAACAUGGAGGUUCCAGAGCCGUGGAGUCUGCAGCGAUCACUUGUGGCUAGUGGCCCAAGGUCUUAGUGAGCUCGAAUCCUCCGAGCCAACUGUUGUGUUGAUCGUCUUUGGCCAUUUCUGGGAGUCUGUGGUCUGUAUUGUCACGAGCAAGUGCUACGUCAAUUGGUCCAAUCUCGACGAAUGCGCCAUACGGCCCGAGAGACUGGCGUCGCUAAACCUCGAACGUCUCUACGAGCAGAACCGACAACGGCUCCAGAAGAAAGAUGGUGCCAUACCUCCCGAACUCCACCCAGGCCCUCCAGGCAAGGGUAAGCCUCGUCUAUUGUUGAUGGGCCAGAGAAGGAGCGGAAAGUCAUCAAUAUCAAGCGUGGUAUUCCACAAGCUCCCACCUAAUGAAACACUCUUCUUGGAGUCCACAGCCAGGAUACAGAAGGACUCGAUGGCCUCUUUUAUGGACUUCCAAGUCUGGGACUUUCCUGGCCAAAUAGACUACUUUGAAACUCCUAAUUUCGACAUGGAUGCCAUCUUUGGCGAGAUCGGUGCUCUGAUCUGGGUAAUCGACGCUCAGGACGACUACCUCGAGGCUGUCGCCAGGCUCAACAGCACGAUCAUCAAUCUGCAGCGCAACUAUCCCAAUAUCAACAUUGAGGUCUUCAUCCACAAGGUGGAUGGCCUGUCAGACGACUACAAGCUCGACAUCCAGCGCGACAUUACCAUCCGUAUCCAGGAUGAGUUGUCCGACCAGGGUUUCGAGAACGCCCCCGUCACCUUCCACCCGACCUCCAUCUACAACCACAGCAUCUUCGAGGCCUUUAGCAAGGUCAUCCAGAAGCUCAUCCCCCGUCUCGGUCAGCUCGAGGCCAUGCUCACCUCGCUCUGCCGUACGUGUCGGUUCGAAAAGGCAUACCUCUUCGACGUCCUGUCCAAGAUUUAUAUCGCCACCGACAGCGCGCCCGCCGACAUGGCCUCCUACGAGAUCUGCUCAGAUUAUAUCGACGUCAUCAUCGACGUCACCGAGGUGUACGGGAGCUGGUCCCGGCCGGAGGGCUACCGGGAGAAGCUCGAGGAGGGCCAGCACCAGAAGCUCGAGGACCAGGUCGCUUGCAACUGGGCCGAGAGCUCCAUUGUGCUCGCCGACGGCAACAAACCCAUCAUGAUGCGCGAGGUCGACACUUACUUGGCGUUGGUGGCCAUCAUGAAGGAGGGCUCGUACGACAAGAUGCCGCUCGUCAACAUGAACGUCGACGUCGUGGUCAAGGGCUUGACGGAGUUCUUUGAGAUUACCAAGCCGAGAAGCUGA